GUCGUAUUAAUUUGUUUUGUAAACAAAUCCGUCUAGGUAAUGUGGGUGAGUUCUAAAUGAAAGUGGAAAUUGUUGAAGAAAAUCAAUUGAAUUAAUUCUUCUUCUUAAAAAUUAAUGGUGUGGUAAAAAUCAAAAUUCUUAUUAUCAUGGGAAGUUGUUUGGAUUGUUGCAAAGGAUCGGAUCCUCCUUAUACAUCCCCUAAUGAUGAGGAAAGAAGACAAAGAAUGGUUGAAGCUGCUGAAAGGCGACAACAUGAACAGGAAACCCGUGGCUUGAAGGAUGAUUUAGCAGCCAAACGUGUUGAGAAAAAUAAGGAAAGAGCUAGGCAAAUAGAUGAAGCUUUGGACAAAUCGAAUUCAGAUGCACAUCUGAGGUGGCAAGUCUCAUAGUUGGUGUCACGCUCAAGAAUUUGUAAAUAUUUUAUAAAUCUAUGUCACAUAAGUAUUAUAUAAAAUGUUUUAUGUUGAUAAUUUUUAAAUUUUGUUGCACUUGAUAUUUCUGUGAUUCAUUUACAAUUUUGUUUAAGGAAAUUGUGCAUAACUAAAUGAAACUUAGCAAAAGAUUUUUAGCAUAAAUUUUUUUUGAGUUAUUGCUAUUAUUAUUUAUGAUUUUAUUAUUGUAAUCAUCAUCUAGCUAUAAAAAAUCUUUAAGAACUUCUAGUUAAAUGUUAGUUUACAUUAUGAAGUAUAAAUAUGUAAUCAUUGCAACUCAAAGCUUUAACUUGAUAUUCAAUAUUUGUGUUUUAACAAAUUUUCUACUAUAAAGUUUUAACUAUUUCUAUUUGCUGUUUUGUAAUGUCAAUAAUAAUGUAGCUUUUUUACCAGGAAAGAAAAAAAAAGAACAGGAGAAUCUAUUAUCCUAACAUUUAUAUAUUUGUACAAAUAAUACAAUUUUUGCUAGUAUUUGUAAAGACGUAAAUGUUAUGUUUUGUUUCAGUAAAUUCAUUAACUGUUCAAAAUUCUCUGCACUCUUAGUUGCGUGUUAUACUGUGAAAUUCCUAACUUCUUUCAUCAGAAAUAUAGCUAUUAUUUCAUAUUCAAGAAAUGCUAUAAGCCUUUCUAAAUAAUUUACAAGGUUACUUCUCCUAUAGUACUGUUAAAAUUAACUGUUUGAAUAUCUUGAAACAAUUAAUUUCCUCAAAAGUUUCUGCAUUCUUAGUUCUGUGUUUCAUUUUGCUAUGAAAUUCUCAACUUUUUUCAUCACAAAUGUAGCUAUUAUUUUAUACUCAAGAAAUGCUUUAAACCUAUAUAAUUAAUUUACAAGAUUACUUCUGAUAUAGUAUUAUUAAAAUUAACUUGGUGAAAUCUUGAAACCAUUUUUGCAGAAAAAUUUGUUAAUACUGUUCUUUUUUGAAAUAAUCCAUUGUAAUUUACUAUUUAUUUAAAUACAUAAUUUAAUACUUUAUAUAGAUUUUGAUAAAAAAUUUGUUUUUUCUCAAAAAAGAUGUAUAUUCUGGUUUAUUUUCAAGUUGAUAAAAAUUGCUAGUUAAGUUUGACAAGUUGUUUAUUUCUACCUUAUCAUUUAAUUGCUAAUAAAAUAGUUGUAGAGCAUA